AGCGCAUAACCAGCCGUCCUGCAACAGUCCGUCUUCGCCUCUUCCAUUUUGUGGUGUUUCUUUGAACGUGGAGGAAAAUGCCGGACCCGGCCAAAUCUGCUCCUGCUCCAAAGAAGGGCUCGAAAAAAGCUGUCACAAAAGUCCAGAAGAAAGACGGCAAGAAGCGCAAGCGCAGCCGUAAGGAGAGCUACUCUGUCUACGUGUACAAGGUGCUCAAGCAAGUGCAUCCGGACACGGGAAUUUCGUCCAAAGCCAUGGGCAUCAUGAACUCCUUCGUGAACGACAUCUUCGAGCGCAUCGCUGGCGAGGCUUCCCGCUUGGCGCAUUACAACAAGCGUUCGACCAUCACUUCCCGGGAGAUCCAGACGGCCGUGCGCCUGCUGUUGCCUGGGGAGCUGGCCAAGCACGCCGUGUCGGAGGGCACCAAGGCCGUCACCAAGUACACCAGCUCCAAGUGAAGCGCAGCCGAGACGUGAUUGAUCGACUUUACCCCAAAGGCUCUUUUCAGAGCCACUUCAGCUCUCGAAGAAAGAGCUGUAACCACUAAUGGCCUAUGAUUUCUUAGGUAAGGUGGGGCGGCAAAUCUGUCUCCCUGCAGGGCUCUGGUGCAACACACCGACAUUUCAAAGAAUGUUGGGCGGGCCGGGUGCGGCGCAGCCUGUCGCAUCACGUACAUGGUACACAAUGUAUUCCCUUUUAGCGUAGUGUAUUCCCUUUUAGCUGCUGCUUUAGUGUGAGCCUCCCUCAAGUGGACCUCAACAGUUCGUCACUUCAAAGCUGUAGUCCCUCACAGCCCUGGUGCAUCCGGAAAUAAUCGGGUCUGCUUAGCUCAUAAUAUGGGGACAGUUCUUGUCAUCACGCAGUUCCAAUGCCGCUGAGCAGGAAGAGAAACUGUUCCUACCCAGUUUAGUUUAUUGUGGGUUGUUAAAAUUGAAUGUCCCGUAGACUAAGUUAUAAGCAUGUAUAGAAGUCAAGUGCUGGAGUCUCGUCCACCCCCUUGUGGUUCGGGGCGGCGGGAGUGGGGCGAGAGAAGAUUGGGUGCAAGUCCUGCCUGCUGCGCCAUUUCGCUGCCCGACUCCACGCGUGUUUUUAACGUCAGCAUCAGCCCUAGGUGCCGUUUUCACAGCAGGCUUUUCUGUGAGCGCCAACCGUGGACAGCGAGAAUGAGCUUAGUCCUCCUAACCCUCACCAAGGACUGGAUGCUCUUCAGGAAGGUUUUCUUUUUCUCUGAUUCUCUUCCUGUCAAAGUGAGACGAUCGAGCCCUUUCUAGUGGGUUAGGGUUAAGUGGUUCCACUUAAAGCUGGAACCAGGUAAGUCGUCAUCAGUGGGUCGGGGGUAGGAAGCAGUGCAGGAGCCAUUGCGCCUCCAGCACUUCCCUUUCCCAACAAGUUCUCUUGUAGAUAUUUUAGCGCUCUAAAGUAGCUUCCCUAAGCAUAGUGCAUUGAACUCCUUGCUGAAUAAAUCAUCUUUCCAAUAAGGCUUCUAGGCCUCUUGCAGGACGUGAUUCUGUAGAAACUAAAAUUAUCUCUUACGUGGCCUAAUAGGGGAAAGUGGGUUUUACAAUUUGAUGGUGGCUCAUGCCUUUAAUCCUAGCUCUCUAGAGGACAGCUUCAUAUGUAGGCCAGCCCUAGUGAGACCCGGUCUACAUAGUCUUUGGCAAGUUUUUGGUAAUAACUUCCAAUCAAAUGAUGGUGUAAACUGGGCAGUGGUGGCACAAGCCUUUAAUCCCAGCACUCGGGAGGCAGAGGCAGGUGGAUCUCUGUGAGUUUGAGACCAGCCUGGUCUACAAGAGCUAGUUCCAGGACAGGCUCCAAAACCACAGAGAAACCCUGUCUCGAAAAACCAAGGAAAAAAAAAAAAAAAAAAAAAGAGUACUCCUAUCAAACACUCCCUGCUUUCACACAAAAGAGAGCCAGGGAAAAGAAAGCACCUACAGCUCAUCUCCACUAUUGUCUCUGAUACAAGUCAUUUCAUCCAGCUAGGCUACUUAGGCAAACUUAAUAAACAGGAAAAAGGUGUGCUAAUGAAUGUAUGUAUGCAUGAACAAUGGGGUUAGGCCAACCAAAGGGCUAACCUUGUGUUCUGCCUUGUGUUUUGAGGUUUCUGCACUAUGAAAAUCUGAAGGAUUUGCUUGUCAAUUCCUUAGUUGGGGUUUUUAUUUUCUCUGAGUCAUUUUAAGGAUCGAAACUCUGAUUGCCACAUUUUCAUACUGGUUUCCAAACAGUUAGGUGCUAGAAAUUACCUUCUGCCCUCUUCGUGCUCAAACCCAGAAAUGCAGUAAAUACAUAGGAUUUUUACAAGAUUAGUAGGAGAGCUCAUCACAGUAAGAUGUGAAUUCCAAUCAUUUGCCUACAGAAAAGGGAUAAUUUUCCCUUUAAAAAGUUUAUCUUCUUUGUGAUGGUUGGAAUGUGUUUAUAAAGGACCAUAACUGUCACAACUAAGCAAUCUUUCUGGCUCAGUUCGUUCUGAGGAGAAAGUUAAGUUGCAUAGACUAUAAAGACAGAGCAAAACUAAGAAACUAACCAAUCUUCCUAGCAUGAAGAAAUGAUGUUUGCCUGACGUGGUGACACACACCUUUAAUCCCAGCACUCAGGGCAGAAGCAGGCUGGUCUCUAUGUGUUCGAGGCCAGCUUGGUCUAUGUAGGGUUUUUAGGCUAGGCAAGUCUACAUAGUGACAUCCCUACCUCAAAAACAAAACUUGGGCUGGGCGGUGGUGGCACACAUCUUUAAUCCCAGCACUCGGGAGGCAGAGGCAGGCGGAUCUCUGUGAGUUCGAGGCCAGCCUGGUCUACAAGAGCUAGUUCUGGGACAGGCACCAAAGCUACAGAGAAACCCUGCCUUGAAAAACAAAACAAAACAAAACAAAACAAAAAGAAUUAUAUUUGAGAUGGUAAGCGUUGAUGGAGUCCCUCAGAUUCAUUAGCCAUGUACAAUUUGGGGACGUUGACAAAACCACAUGUGUAGACCAAAGUUGGUGUAGAUGUGGAAGGGUAAUUCCUAAAACCUCUGGGUGUGCGAGUGUACCAUGUGUAUACUACUGCAACAAGCCAGUUGCUGUGUGACUUACUCUGAGGUCACACAGAUUGGGGAUGUUUCCCACUUAACAUUGAGAAUAAUAGUAAUAUUUAUACAAUCUUCAGUAAGUGAUCAUGGUGACUGAAACCUCCUUUGUGGAUAUAAGAAUUUUGGAAAACCUAUCUCAUAAGACUAAAUCAUAACUCAUACCUACAACUAUAUUAUAUCCAAAGUUUACAUUAUUUUCAAAUUCACACAGAACAUUGACCAAAAGUGGUCACCACUCUUGGGAAACUAAAAUUAUAAAGGACACACUCGCUGACACAAAAUAAAACAAGCGAUGCUCUACAGAGAAGUCUGCAGGUCCAAAGGAAUUGCAAAAUAAAAACUGCACAGUCUUCUGAACAACAAUGGGAUCACUGUGUGCUUGAAUCUCCGCAGGAAGCAGGGCGUAAAUCACAGGUUUAGAGGAUUGAAGGAAGGCAGGUAUGGUGCAGGCCUCCAACCCAGCGCUCAGGAGGCAGAGGCAGGUGAAAAGGAUGGACUUAAGGGAAAGAGGGAACAAGAGAAACUCUUAACUGAAAGGAGAAUAGAAAGCGUUAAAUCUGAGCAGGAGCAGAAUCCUUAGGACAGCAAAGAUUACCCUAGUCUACCAAGACUGAACUAACCAGUAAGACCAGACUGUUCCCGACAGGGCUCUAUAGCUCAGCAUUGAAGAGCUAGGGACAUAGCGAAUGGCGUUUUAGAUGCGGAAGAUGUGUUAAAUGCUAUAUGCUUGGGGCUUGGGCUCUGUUUUGUUGUUUUUAUUAUGGGUUUGAGUGUUUUGCCUGUAUGUAUGUUUUAUAUAUGUUCACUACAGUCAUUCCUGGAGCCAGGGAGUUCAGAAGAGAGUGCCAGGUCUCCUGGAACCAGAGUUACAGAUGACUGAGUUACAGAUGUGUGGUUGCUGGGGACUGAACCCGGGUCUUCUGUAGGAGCCACCAACUGCUUUUAAUCACUACGCCACUUGUCCAGUUCAUUGGUGUUUGGUUUUGAUUAAUGUAGCAGGCCCCCAGACCUUAGCACAACUGACUCAGUGAUGGAAAUGCUCUUCGGGCCAUGAAACUCAGCUCAUAGACAGUACUGCGUGUCAAAAUGAAAGCAAAGACCUAGGCCAUCGAAGUCCAUAGUUCUGGGAAAGUCUCACAAUGUGCAAGCCUUGCUUUUCGGCGUCUGUAGUUCUGCUUCUAGCUAAUUGUUCUUGUUAACUGAAGUAUAUCAAUGGAGAAUAUGAUUUUUGUGCUUAAAAGUUCAGCCUCUAAAGGCUCAGUGCUAAGUUUAGUUGCUGGCUGGCUAAUAAAGGCUGCCAUUUGACUUCA